CUGUCAAACGUGUGAACUAAAACAAAAUAUUGUAAUUUGAGGUUAUGUUUCGAAGUUCGAGAAUCUCAAUUCUUUUGCCGUCUGGGAAAAAAUAUUGUUUUGUAGUAUGUACUCCAUCUAACGAUUUAAUAGUUCUUAAUGUUAAAUUUGUGCUUACAUUUUAAAUUAUUAUAACAUUAUGUCAAAAGUUACAAAGAGGAAACAUGUCAUGAACGAAGCUACUUGGGAUGACUACGAAAUGCCGAAAGAAAACCAAAGCAUUGUUAAAGUUUUGAGAAGUAGAGGAAAUAAUCUUCAUGAGAUCACAACACCAAGUGGAGAAGAAUAUCUAGUAUCAAUGCCAACAAAGUUCCGCAAAAACAUUUGGGUGAAACGUGGGGACUACAUCCUAGUGGAACCAAUCGAAGAGGGAGACAAAGUUAAAGCUGAAAUUGUAAAAAUUAUGAAUAGGGAUUCAAUUAAAUAUUACAAAGAGAAUAAUAUAUGGCCAAAGGAGUUUGACGAUAGUAAAAAGGAUACUGAUGAGAAUAAUGAUGAUCUAUUUGUGAACACUAAUAGGGCUCAUAUGAAACAAUAUCAUAGUGAAACAGACUCCAGUGAUGAGAGUGAUAGUGACAGUGAAAGUGACUAAUAAAUAAUGCAAAAAUAUGCUUUUUACCAAGUACUGUAUUCUUUAUAUUUUGUGAUGCUGGUCAGGUUUUGUAUUCCAAUUAUCAAUGAUAAUUUCAUGAUGCAUGUUAUGCUUCUAAAAUUAUUUGGUGUAGUAAUUAAAGAUUUCAUUUGAAGUUUUUGCAUAACAUCAAUAAACUUUUUAUCCCUAAGUUCCCAUGGGAACAGGGUUUACAUCAGACUAAGCUAAUAAAGAAAAACUUGUGAGUGUCAGAGUUGCAGUGGUCAGAGUUGUCUUAUAUGUGGGAUGUCCCAGGUUUGUAUCUCUGACUGGGAAAAUCUGGGAAUUAGCAUUCCGAUUACCAAUAUACCAAUAAAACUUAUUACUGUUAUGGAUGUAAAGCAACUGCCAAACCCCUAAAAAGUUAGGCUGCAACUAUCUUAGAUUGCAAUAUCACUUUCCACCAUGGAAGAAAGCCAUCAAUGGUCUUAGUCCUGUAAUUUUGUUUUUUUUUUAAUGCAAACAAAUGACAUUAUCAAAUAAAAGAUAGAAAUUUAGAAAAUGAAAGACUACUCAGAAGUAUAAAAUUAUCAUUUAAAGUGUUUAAUGGCAGACUAGAAUAUUCUUUAUUCAAAUUUAAUGUGGCAAUUGUUUACACAAGCCAAAAAAUAAAUGGUUACUACCUAAGUCUUAUUGCUACUUAGAUAUGUAAAAAAAAGUAUCUGAAGCAUGUACAAUCAAUGAGCAAACAACAAUCAACCAUUAAUUUUUCAACUUGUUUUUUCAAUAGAUACAAACCUUUAUAACAAAAGAAAAUUGCCUGUAUAAUAUAUAUUGUUUCUACAUUUUGCA